UAUCGCGUAAAUUAUGAUAAAGAGAAUUGGAAAUUAAUUACACGUUAUUUAAAAUCUGAGAAUUACAUAAAUAUACACGUUCUCAAUCGUGCUCAAAUUAUCGAUGAUGCUUUUCACUUAAUGCUGGCACAGCAAAUCGAACCUCUCAUAUUCUGGGAUAUCGUGACUUAUUUAGAGCAAGAGACAGAUUAUGUGGCCUGGUAUCCUAUGUUCAAAGCUCUAGAAUACAUGUCGAGCAUUUUUACUCUUGAUAAUAUUGAUAAAAACAUUUUUGUAAAGCUGCAAAAUAUAUUACAGUCAAUAUUGAAUAAAAUUAGACACACAGAACUUUAUUACCUUGCCGUUGAGAAACAUACAAAAUGUUUAAGACAAGAAGCUGCAAAAUGGUCAUGUUUAUUAGGCAACAAUGAGUGCUUAAAAGAAGCCCGAAAUAAAUUAAUGUUAAAUUUUGAACACCCCAAGGAAUAUAAAAUUUUGCCAUGGUGGAAGGAAUGGACAUACUGUUAUGGUUUGAUUUCCAUUAUGGAUCACUACUUUGACUGGACAAAUAUGCUUUUUACUUGGGUGAAAAACAGUGAUCAUAGAAUUUCUAAAUUCUUGACUUGCAUCCAAAAUAAUGAUAUCAUUAAAGCCCAUUUGAAAGACUUAAGAAAUAUGAUUAUGAAUUCGAAUUCGGAAAAUCAUAUUUUAAGAUUGGCCCUUAUCAAUGAUUUUUUGACUAUGAUUGCAAAACAUGUUAAAAAAGAUGAUAUACGUAAUUACAUGUUAAAUAAUUACAAAGAAAUAAUACCCGGACAAAUGAACACAGUUGCAACGUUAACUGUUAUUAUUAAUCAUUUAUAUGAUGACCUACAUCUUACUAUGUUAGAAAAUUUCGUGUUGCAUGAUAUGAACAAAGAAAAGAUUGAUCUGAAGAGGAAGAAAGUACAUUUUGCACAUAGCUCAAAAGUGUGGUCAGAUAUACAUAUGGAAUACGAAGCAAAUACAUUAAAAAUUCAGGAAAAGAUAAAAAUUCGUCGCAUACAAAUAAAAAAACAACAUGAAUUCGUACAAGCUUUUCUCCAGUUGUGAAAUUAGUAAAAAGUAAAAAAUGUAGAGCGCAGACGUGUGUAAUAUCGUAGACAUGCACAUAUCUAUCUGUUCUAUAAACGUUUUUUACAUAACUCUUAUUUAUUUUUAUUUAUGUUAUUGAUUAUUUAUUAUUAUAUUAUUAUUAAGAAAGCGUAUUAAUGAUGCACUCGCAUUUAUAAAAAUACUUUACCAAAUAUAAUGUUUAGAAAAUUUUUUUAUAAACAAAAAACACUUAAAUCAUAUAGUUACUUACACAAACAAAAAAUUAUAUUUUUUAAAUUUAACAUUUAAAAUUUUCGUUAUAGAAAACAAAUAUGUGUCAUUAGUACAUUUA